AGCAUGUUAACUUAUGUAAAAAUGAGAACACGAAUUUGGCUUCGAAUGAUUUUUGAAGAUUGCUGGUUGCUUGUAGCAGAUGCCCUAAGCUAAGUCAUGAAUUGAUCAUCUUCCAGUAACACUGAGCAUGCAUGACAAGUUUCACACCCGCGAAAAAUGUCGCAUACCAGGCAUGGCAUCCUUGCAAAUUGCAAUGAUGCUUCAAUCAUUUUGUGAGGUCGAAAUGUGUAGUGUUCUUUGAAAUUGAAGAUCUUGUUUUUAUCGUGACUUUCCAUUUUAGUAGUUCUAAUGACUAAUCUCAACCUGCAUAACUUGCGUAACUAAAAGUCGGAAUAGACCAAGCUGUCAAACACGAUAAUGCAUCUAGCGCUACUAGCUGACAACGUCCAAAGUUAUACUAAGAACAGAGUAAACCUCAACGGCGGGCGCGCACGUACUGUUUAAUGCCCGAAUUGUCACCUUUCACGUGGAUACAGUCCUGCCGCAUGCAAUCGCACAUGUGAUAUUUAAGCCUAUUUUAUGUUUAAGAUAGCAGCAGCGUGACAUCAACAAAUGGUUCCAUGAUAAGAUUUACUUAGGUUGCCAGUCAAUGAUCGCACCGGAUAGUCGUCGCUAAGAAACGGAGUCUUUUUUAGCUCAUGCACGUGCAUUUUAAGUUAACACGGUAUCAUUUUGUUCGAGAAAGACCAGCUUCAUUGAGAUUUGAUGCGGUUCUCAUUACUCGUUGCCUACAGGAUAUUUUCUCCAAUCAACUUUUAGCUACAGAGAACUUAGACAAAAGCGUCCCACCGAGAUUUUAUAAAAGCAGACAUGGCGUCACCAGUUCUUGCAUCUUGCGAGGACCGCCACCGAUCGAAGCUAGAGAUGUAUUGUCAGAGAUUGUCUGAACGACCUCGUUUACUAAAGCACGUACUAGUGUUGUCAGCUAGCAACGUCCCUGACGAUAAUCAAUUUAAGUCCAGACCAGUAAAGAAAAAAACAGCACGGGGUAUUGUUAAACCACACAAGAAAGGAGAAAAUCGAAGCGAGACAGUUAGACUUUCCUUGGAACAUGUAUUCAUGAAACGAUUAUUGGCGAUUGAAGAUGCUUCAGAGGAUGUAAAAUUCCCGGUAUUACGAGCCUCCCACCCUGGAGGAAGAGUGUUCAGAACUCAACAGUUGGGGGUGAUCAACAAACAAAACACCAACCAGCGUCACCCAUUCGACCUCAAGAAUCCCAACGCACCAGCUACCAAAUAUAGCUGCUACUACGAUAAGCAUCUCAGAAACUUCUUCGCAGAACCUGGAAUCAGGAAGAAGCUUAUUGAGCAAGGAAUUAUUACUGAGGAGUUUUUUAUCCGAGAGCCUUACAAAGCAUUCAAAGAGUAUAUACGGAUAAAGAAAUUACCUUACGGGACUAACCCCAUUCUCGCCAGCCCUCCACCGAGUGAACCUAAGAAGAGACAAUUGAUGGACAGAUUUUCUGAGGAAUCUGUGAAGCAGUUUUUGGAGGAAAAGUUUAAUGUGAAACCAGCUCUUGUUGACGAGAUUUACAGUGGCAGAAGAAAAGGGUCUGUGAUCCCACUUGGUGGAGAAAUAAUGAAUGCGGAAGAGACCCCACAAGAUUCUUUGCCAGUCAUCCGGUGCAACACUCCCAAACAACUGACCUUUCGAGAGAAGGAGCUGCUGGAGUCUCUGCACCACAGCCGGAUGAAGGUGGUUCUUGCUCGGAGACAGCUUCUUGCGUUGGAGAAGAAGUCCAACGUCAUCGAGCAACGGAUACACAAGGAGAAAAAGUUGACUGACAAUAAGAAACAGAUGGAAUUAGGACGUUGGGAAGCCCGUCUUAACAAAAUGAUCACCACUUUUGACCGUAAGAAGAAUUCGAUCUUCAACAGACUGACGGAUAUUGAGGAAGAUAAGUUGCGAAGACAAGAAGAAAAAGACGUGGAAGUGGACAAAUUGAAAAAAAAAUUUGCGGCUUAUUUCAUCAAACACAGUAUUGCUGAGAGAAACAUAAGGAAGAAACGACAAGAGCUGGAAAAAGGAGUCAGAAAUCGCAACAAUGCCUGGCUUCAGAAACAAAAAGAGGAACGGGAAAAAAUAUUGAGGAAGUCAGGAAUUAAGCAACGCGAAACUCAAAUCUCCGGUCUUGCCAAGAUUUCGUCUGAAAAAGCGGAAAGGAUUGCAAAGCUCCAUUUGAAGUUAGAGCAUUCCGAAACAACCUUAGAAAGCUUAGAGAAAGAGAAUGUUGUGAUGGAGGAAAGAGCACAUACACUACAAGAAGAGCACAAGAAUCUAAACAAGAACCUCUGAGAUUUUAUCGAUGUCUUUAGUUUAUCUUUAAUUUAAAUA